AAUACAAAAAUCAUAACUAGGGAUGCAUUCGGUGGAAUUUCCCUGUAGAUAUACCCAAACACCCAAGUUGAGAAGUACCCACCAAAAUUUAUACAACCAAACAUGGAAGCUACCUUGCUAACAUACGCAUCUCUCUCCGUUCUCACUCUCAUUAUUGCUUUUAAGUUCUUCUCACAAUUAAGAUCUCAGCGCCGCCGUAACCUCCCGCCUAGUCCACCAGCUCUUCCGGUCAUAGGUCAUCUCCACCUCCUCAAACCACCUCUCCACCGAACUUUCCACCGAAUCUCUCAAAACCUCGGCUCCGUCUUCUCCCUCAGCUUCGGCUCUCGCCUCGUCGUGGUGGUCUCGUCGCCUUCCACCGUGGAGGAAUGUUUCACAAAGAACGACGUCGUGUUAGCCAAUCGUCCCCCGCUCAUCGGCGACAAGUACAUCGGCUACAACUACACCAGCGUCGUCGACUCCCCCUACGGCGACCACUGGCGCAACCUCCGCCGCCUCAUGUCGCUCGAAAUCUUCUCCACGACUCGACUCAACGCCUUCUUAUCGGUCCGAAAAGACGAAAUCAAGCUCCUCCUUCGAAAUCUAUAUCGAAAUUCGUCGGCUGAUUUCGCAAAAGUCGAAUUGAAAUCGAAGUUUUCGGAGCUGAGCUUUAACAUCAUCAUGAGAAUGAUCGCCGGAAAGAGAUACUACGGCGAGGAUUUGGAGAACCACGAGGAGGCGAAGCAGUUUCGGGAUCUGGUGAGCGAGACAUUCGAACACGGCGGUGCGUCGAAUCCUAACGAUUUCUUACCGGUUUUGAGGUGGAUUGAUUAUGGGAAUUUUGAGAAGAAUUUGGGGAGAAUUCAUAAGAGGAUGGACGUGUUGUUGCAAGGUCUGAUCGAUGAACACAGAAGCGAUAAGAGUAGGAAUUCGAUGAUCGAUCAUUUGCUCUCGUUGCAAGAAUCGCAGCCUGAAUAUUAUACAGAUGCAAUUAUCAAAGGGCUUAUCUUGGUCAUUAUACUUGCGGGCACAGACACAUCAGCAGUGACAAUGGAAUGGGCAAUGUCUCUUUUAAUAAACCAUCCGGAGGUGUUGAAGAAGGCUAGAGCUGAGUUGGACAUUCAAGUGGGCCAAGAACGCCUGGUCGAUGAAUCUGAUCUCUCCAAGUUGCAUUACCUUCAAGCUAUCAUCUCCGAAACUUUUCGAAUGUUUCCUGCAGCACCGCUAUUGGUACCACACAUGGCAUCUAAUGAUUGUACAAUUGAAGGAUUCGAUGUGCCACGCGAUACAAUCUUGUUGGUCAAUGCGUGGGCCAUUCAUAGAGACCCUCAAGUGUGGGAUGACCCUACAAGUUUUAAGCCUGAAAGGUUUGAAGGUGGAGAAGCAGAAGGGCACAAGUUGAUGCCUUUUGGGAUGGGAAGAAGAUCCUGUCCAGGGGUUGGGUUAGCCCAACGUGUGGUGGGUUUGGGUUUGGCGUCAUUGAUUCAAUGCUUUGAGUGGGAGAGAGUGAGUGAGAAGGCUAUUGAUCUCACAGAAGGCAAAGGACUAACUAUGCCCAAACUCGAACCACUAGAAGCCAUGUGUAAAGCACGUGACAUCAUGAACAAAAUUCUCUGAAGCUGCAAUGUUUAGACUUAAUUUUCAAACCCAGCAUUGUGACAAUCAAUUAGAAUAUUAAAGAUAACACUAUUUCUUAUAUCUUCUCUAGUCACCAACUAAUUAUAGCAUUUACAUAUCAUUAGAUCUGGAAAAUGAGUCUAAAUAGUGGGCUUAAAUAUUA